AUGGAAGCCGAAGAGAAAAACAAACCAAAAUAUAUUAAACCAUAUAUGUACAUGGAAGAGUUGUUGUGUGAAGCUGCUUCAAGCGGAAAUUUAAUCUCUGCUGCUCGUAUUCUUCAUGAGCGUAUUGAUCCAAAUUGUAAAGACCACGUUGGUCGUUCACCAUUACACUAUGCUGCUAUGAACGAUCACUUUGAUAUGAUUCGUUUGUUAUUAUGCAAUCGUGCAGUAGUUGAUGCAGUCGACUUCAAUAAUGUUACUCCGUUACACUUAGCUGCACGUAAGAACAGUCUACGUUGUACACAGUUAUUGUGUAUGGCUGGAGCAGAUACUACACUGAAAUGUGCAUCAGGUUGUACUGCGAGAGAUUUAGCACCGUAUGAUUCAGCUACAUGCCAUUUUUUGGAGAAAUAUGAGAUAGGUGAGAGGCCUAGACCGAAAGCUAUACUCAGCCGAUUGUCGAAACCGGCUAUACCAGCUUAUGCAAUACCUAAGAUUGUAACAACUGACGCAAAGAAUAACAAAAAAUUGUUAAAAAAUAAAAAGAAAUAA